CGAUUGUGCGCCAUCAAUCCCCAGCUCCUUUCCAUGCACUUGGUUCUCCAAUUGAUGGAGCUGUAUCCGGAGUCGCAAUCAUGAGGAUUACCGAGAUCGUUAUUGACGGUUUCAAAUCUUACGCAGUGCGUACGGUGAUAUCAGGAUGGGAUGAAACCUUCAACUCUAUCACAGGCCUUAAUGGCAGUGGUAAAUCCAACAUCCUUGACGCUAUCUGCUUUGUCCUCGGUAUCACGAACAUGUCCACCGUCCGCGCGCAGAACCUGCAGGAUCUCAUCUAUAAGCGUGGUCAGGCCGGUGUCACCAAAGCCAGCGUGACCAUCGUUUUCGAUAAUAGGGACACCGACAAAUCGCCGAUCGGGUUUGAGGAAUAUGCCAAUAUUUCCGUGACUAGGCAGAUUGUCCUAGGUGGCACGAGCAAGUAUUUAAUUAACGGUCAUCGCGCGCAGCAGCAGACCGUGCAAAAUCUGUUCCAGAGCGUGCAGUUGAAUAUCAAUAAUCCGAAUUUCUUAAUUAUGCAGGGACGGAUUACGAAGGUGCUGAAUAUGAAGGCGGUUGAGAUUCUGUCCAUGAUUGAGGAGGCGGCUGGUACGCGGAUGUUCGAGGAUAGGAGAGAAAAGGCGGGUAAAACAAUGAGCAAGAAGGAGUUGAAACUGCGCGAAAUCGAAGGUCUGCUUAAGGAGGAAAUUGAGCCGAAACUUGAGAAGCUCAGGUCUGAGAAGCGAGCUUUCCUUGAUUUUCAACAGACUCAGAAUGAUCUGGAGCGUUUGACUCGCUUGGUUGUUGCCCACGACUACCUUCGAGGCAACGAGCGGUUACGGGUUGCGGGUGAGGAAUGUGACAAGAAGAGACAUAAGGUGCAGACAAUCGAAGACAAUGCGGUCAAACUGAAGAGUGAGAUCGCUCACUUGGAAGAAGACGUCAGGCGGGUGAGAGCCGCGCGUGACAAGGAACUGCGCAAAGGUGGCAAGUUUCAGGCGCUGGAGGAUGAGGUUAAGUCUCACUCUCAUGAGCUUGUGCGGUUGACGACAGUAUUCGAUUUGAAGAACGCUAGCAUUGCGGAGGAGAAAGAGAAACACCAGGAAGCUCAAAAAACCGUCAAAGACCUAGAGAAGCUCCUCAAAGAGAAGAAGAAAGUUUACGAUAAACUACAGGCCGAGUACGAUGCUGCAAAGGCAGAACUCGACACCCAAACAGCGGAAGUCGAGCAGAAGGAAGAGCUGCUCCAGACAUUGCAGACAGGUGUUGCAUCAAAAGAUGGUCAAGAAAGUGGUUAUCAGGGUCAGCUACAGGACGCACGUAAUCGUGCCAGUGGCGCAGCCACGGAACAAGAGCAAGCGAAGCUCAAGAUUGCACACCUGGAAAAGCGGAUAAAGGAAGAGGAGCCCCGCGCGAAAAAAGCAAAGGAGCAGAAUUCAGGCCUGCUGAAGGAACUUGAGGGUCUCAAGGCCCAGGCAAAGAAAUUGGACUCGGAGCUCUCGAGACUUGGCUUCGAACCGGGACGAGAAGAGCAACUCUAUCAGGAACAAACGACCCUACAGAAAGAGAUCCGUGAGCUGCGCCAGAGAGCAGAUGGACUUCAGAGGAAGGUUGCGAACAUCGACUUCCAAUACGCCGAUCCUCAUCCGAAUUUCGAUCGGUCGAAGGUCAAGGGUUUAGUGGCUCAGCUCUUUACGCUGAAUAAGGAAAACCUCCAAGCUGCUACGGCCCUUGAAAUCUGUGCCGGUGGUCGCUUAUACAACGUUGUUGUCGACAGCGCAGAGACCGGAACCCAGUUGCUCCAGAAAGGAAAACUGCGCAAGCGUGUGACAAUUAUUCCUUUGAACAAGAUCUCGGCGUUCAGGGCUUCAGCCGAGAAGAUUGGGGCGGCCCAGAACAUCGCUCCUGGAAAGGUGGACCUUGCCUUGUCACUCGUCGGAUACGAUGAGGAAGUUACAUCGGCUAUGAACUACGUCUUCGGCAAUACUUUGAUCUGUAAUGACGCGGACACGGCAAAGAAGGUGACUUUCGACCCCUCUGUUCGGAUUAAGAGUGUCACACUUGAUGGCGAUGUUUAUGACCCUUCAGGAACUCUGUCUGGUGGUAGCUCGCCGAACUCGAGCGGCGUCCUCGUUACCUUACAAAAGCUGAAUGAGGUGAUAAGGGAAAUCCGAAGCAAAGAGCGGCUCCUUGCUACCCUAGAAGACACCAUGAGAAAGGAAAAGAAGAAGCUUGAUUCGGUCCGUGCGAUCAAACAGGAGCUAGACCUCAAGACCCACGAGAUCAAGCUCACGGAAGAACAAAUCAGCAGCAACUCUUCUUCAUCGAUUAUUCAUGCUGUCGAGGAAAUGAAAGCGAAUAUUGAACAACUUAAGAAAGAUAUUUCCGACGCAAAAGCUCGUCAGACGGAAGCAUCCAAGGAUAUCAAGCGAAUCGAGAAGGAUAUGAGUGAAUUUAACGACAAUAAAGACAGCAAACUUGCAGAGCUACAAGGUUCUCUGGACUCACUGAAGAAGAGUCUCGCCAGGAAUUCGAAUUCGGUGAAGAGCCUACAGAAAGAGCUGCAGGCUUCUCGACUUGAGUCGGAACAAGUUGGAAGCGACCUUUCCGCUGCCGAAGAACAAAGCGCUGAGUCUGAAAAUACACUCAACGCCCAAAUGGAAGAAAUUAAGUCGCUCAAAAGAGAGCAAGCUCGGAUCAAGGACGCCUAUGACAUUGCCCAGGCACAGCUUGAAGACGAAAGAGCUAAGCUUACGGGUUUCGAUGAAGAAUUGCGAGAGCUUGAGCAGACGAUGCAAGCCAAGAACUCGCAGAUCACCGAAGAGGGUCUUGAGCUACAGAAGCUCGGCCAUCAGCUUGAGAAGUUGCAGAAGGACCAACAGGCUGCGGCCCAGACCGUUGCUCAUAUGGAAGAAGAACACGAGUGGAUCGAAGAUGAAAAAGACAAUUUUGGACGUUCCAAUACUGCCUACGACUUUAAGAAUCAGAACAUUGCAGAAUGCAAGUCCACCCUGCGGAAUCUUACGGAACGUUUCCAGGGAAUGAAGAAAAAGAUCAACCCCAAGGUCAUGAAUAUGAUUGACAGCGUGGAGAAGAAAGAGGCUGCCCUGAAAAACAUGAUGAAGACUGUGAUCCGUGAUAAGCGUAAGAUCGAGGAGACCAUUCUGAAUCUGAACGAAUACAAGAAGGAGGCUCUUCACAAAACCUGGACUAAGGUUAAUAGCGACUUUGGUCAGAUUUUUGCAAUGCUUCUUCCCGGCAGUUUCGCUAAGCUAGACCCUCCGGAGGGCAAGGAUAUCACGGAUGGUCUGGAGGUUAAGGUGUCCCUGGGCAAGGUUUGGAAACAGAGUCUAACAGAACUGAGUGGUGGACAACGGUCUCUCAUCGCUCUCUCCCUGAUUAUGGCGCUCCUGCAAUUCAAACCCGCCCCGAUGUAUAUUCUAGACGAAGUCGACGCCGCCCUAGAUCUGUCCCAUACCCAGAACAUCGGUCGCUUGAUCAAGACGCGCUUUAAGGGAUCUCAGUUCAUCGUUGUGUCCCUGAAGGACGGCAUGUUCCAGAAUGCCAACCGUAUCUUCAAGACGAGAUUCAGCGAAGGAACCAGCGUCGUUCAAGCUCUGACUCCUGCGGACAUGAAGUAAUUCUCUUAUGAUUAGAAUUUGUUGUGGAUCGCAUAUAGUACGGUCUUUUCUUUUUCCUGGUUGGGUAUUGUGGGAUAGGAGCGCAUUCUGUGGCAGGUUUUUGGCCGAGUUUUGGAGACGGUGUUUAUUAUUUAUUCAUCAUUUUCCCCCGAGAUGAUUUGGAGAAUUUCAUUAAUAUAUUUUUUCCUUCUUCUUCC